AUGAAUAAUGAGGACGAGUUCUUCGACGCCGAAACUGGCCUGGAUUCAGACGAGUCGUGCGAGGGCGUGUCCGAGGCCAGUUUUAAAGACGCGGUGGUGUCACAGAAAAACAAUGGGGCGGUUCCUCAGGAGAACGGCAUCAGGAAACACAGGACAUCGUUACCUGCACCAAUGUACGCGAGAAACACUGUUAGCAUUUGGAGCAUCCUCAAGAAAUGUAUUGGCAUGGAACUAUCCAAGAUUACCAUGCCCAUCGCCUUCAACGAGCCGCUGAGCUUCCUCCAGAGAAUCACAGAGUACAUGGAACACACUUACCUCAUAAACAGAGCGUCCUCGUUGCCGGAGUCUAUAGACCGCAUGCAGGCUGUAGCUGCUUUUGCGGUUUCUGCUGUGGCGUCGCAGUGGGACCGGACUGGAAAACCGUUCAAUCCGCUCCUGGGCGAGACGUACGAACUUGUCAGGGAGGAGCAUGGGUACCGGCUGAUCUCAGAGCAGGUCUCGCAUCAUCCUCCCAUCAGUGCCUUCCACGCAGAGAGCCUCACCGGGGACUUCGUCUUCCACGGAUCCAUCUACCCCAAACUCAAGUUCUGGGGUAAAAGUGUGGAGGCCGAGCCCAAAGGCACCAUCACUCUUGAGCUGCUCAGGCAUAACGAAGCCUACACCUGGAGUAACCCCUUCUGCUGCGUUCACAACAUCAUACUGGGAAAGCUGUGGAUCGAGCAGUACGGGACGGUAGAGAUCCUCAAUCACAGCACUGGAGACAAGUGUGUACUGAACUUUAAACCGUGUGGGAUGUUUGGAAAAGAGCUUCACAAAGUCGAGGGAUAUAUUCAGGACAAAAGUAAAAAGAAGCACUGUGUGAUCUACGGGAAGUGGACGGAGUGCAUGUGGAGCGUGGACCCCCAGACCUACGAGGCUCACAAGAAGGCGGAGAAGAAGGGGGACAACAAGAAGGGCAAAAGUGACGAGCCAGAGAAGGCGGACGACGAUGCAGACGACAUGCCAGAGGUGCAGGAGACGGUGGCGAUGGUCCCAGGCAGCACUCUGCUCUGGAGGAUUGACUCCAGGCCUCCACACUCCGCCACAAUGUACAAUUUCACUAACUUUGCCAUGGCUUUGAAUGAGCUGCCGCCGGGGAUGGAGGGCAUUCUGGCUCCCACCGACUGUCGCUUCAGACCGGACAUCAGAGCCAUGGAAAACGGGUUCAUGGAGGAAGCCAGCAGAGAAAAGGAACGUCUGGAGGAGAAGCAGAGAUCUGCACGAAAAGAAAGAAACAGGAACGAAGAGGACUGGUCUACCAGGUGGUUCCAGUCGGGCACAAACCCGUACACAAACAGCCAGGACUGGAUUUACUCUGGAGGGUACUUCAACAGGAACUACCAGGGCCUCCCCAACAUCUACUGA